AUGCCUUCCCUUUUUAUUGCUGUAAAAGAUAUCCAACCUAUACACAAACUGAGAGGUGUUAGAGUACGUUGUGUAAGGGUGUAUGUAGUGCCUGAAAGUAGGGGAGGAGGGAAUACCAUCAAGAGUAUGGAGUGUUUUCUCCAUGAUGAUCAGGGAGAUUAUGUACAUGUCAAUAUUCAGAACACAGAUGUUAGAAAAUACAAAGAAGUUAUAAAAGAAGGACAACUCUAUGAGAUAAAAAAAAAAAUUUAUGCUGUUACAAAUUAUUACAUGUACAAGAUCACACAACACAAAUAUAUGCUUAAGUUCAAUUACAAAACAGAAGUCAAACUGAUAAAUUCUAAAGGGUUUCCCCUGCAUAUGUUUCGGUUGACCAGUUUUGUUUCUUUGAAAGAUCCAAAUGAAGUAAAUGAAAAAGAACUCAUUGAUGUUAUGGAUCGUGUAGUGGAGAUCUAUAAUCCUGUUGACAAGAUUGUGGGUGGUAGAGCAGCAAAAUUGAUUGACUUUCAAAUAUGUGAUAAUGCUGACAAUUACUUGAUGUGUACCUUGUGGGAUUCUCAUGUGGACUCUCUACUGCCAUAUUACAAUUCUGAUUCGAAGGAACCAGUGAUUGUAGCUAUUCAGUGCUGUAGGGCCAAUGUGGUCAAUGGUGAGGUUAGAAUAACAUCAUCAUAUGAUGCAACUAAGCUAUGGUUUAAUGAGGAGUUUGAUGAGUUCAAGGACUUCAGAUCCAAUUUCGGCACUGGCACUCUACACUCACAGUCAACAGGGAUUGAACGUUUCCAAAAGGGUGAAACAAUUGAUGGUCAGUAUUUUGUUCCUGCUGAAAUAAUUGCUAUAGAGGCUUCAAGAGGUGAGUGGUACUACAUGGCCUGCAUGAGACCUGGCUGUAACAAGAAACUCAAAGAAUCUGAAGGGUCCCUAGUAUGUGACAAGUGUGAAAAACACUACCAAGAAGGUACAGCAAGGUAUAAAAUUUUGGUUAGAGUUUUAGACAAAACUAAGGAUGCACCAUUCCUGCUUUGGGAUCGUGAAGUGGCUGAUUUGGUUGGCAUUCCAACUGCUCUUUUGUAUCAAAAGUACAAACAGAUUUAA